UCAUUUGUUUGUCUGCACUGGCUUUUCUUUUAAAACGAAAGCCUUUUCAGGCCUUUUGAAUAUUCAGCGAGUGGGACGGAGUCGAAGAUCCGCCUCCUCGUCCUCGAUGUGCGGGAGUUUGCCCAGAAGUUGUGGCUCGGCACGGCACGGCACGGCGCAUGAACUAACCAGGGUGGUUUCCCCCAACCCCCAACUUAAUAGGUGCGCUAAUUAAGGAACAACUCCAGUCAAGUGAUGGAUGAUUUGACGAAGUUGGCCAGCGAGCAAAACGCCACUUUGGUGGUGUUGAGCUUCCUCCAGCCGGACUGCGGCGUUAGCAACGUGCAGUACAACAAGGCUAUUUGCUCUUUGGGCAAAGACCUCACAGAAACUUGGAUGAGCAGUUGUGAAGAAGAGUACGGAGUCAUCGAAUGUGACGGCAACCUGCCCGGCAACAUCGCGGGUUCCAUCGACGACAUAGAGCCGUUAGUGGAGCUUUACUGGCCUGGUGGUGAAGCCGAAGCGAGAACCCUGCAGCAGAUCGCAGCCAGGCUGAGAGAAAUUGCUGCCCAACUUGAGCAGAGCGUUGUGGACCAGGCUGCCCAAAACCUGCGCAGGAAUGUCAUGUCCUCACCGAGUGAACAGUGGCUGGACCUCCUCAAAAGCGAAGUGCAAAGGGCCAUGAUGCAGGGGGUGGGCCUGGAGCAGCUGCCCCAGGAGAGGGUCAUCGUGGCCCUCAGCCUCACCCUGGUGAAGCAGGUGUGCGAACACACCCCACAACUGCUCAGAGACCUCUUCAACACUGCGCUGCAGUACGUCAGCCCUCCGCGGUCAAGGUGACUCAAAGUGGGUGGGAUGGAGGAAUAACUGUGAAUUGUUUGCUGAGGGGAAAGUGGGAAUGUUAAGCCACAUUUCAAAAACGAGUAUGGUUGCAUCGUUUUUGAAUGUUAAGUGUUAUUUUUGAAAACGGAAUGAAAGUUUAAGAAUUUUUGUGAAUUUUGUCAUAUGUGCUCUUGUGAACUUAUUUUUGUUAAAUGUUCAUGUAAAAGGAACAAAUAUUGUACUGUAUGCAUUCAAUGACCUCUGCUUUAUAAAAUAGCUGUUUUUUUCUUUUUUAAAUCAUAUCACAAGAACAUUGUAACUUUCUUUAUUCUCAAGUUGGUGUGUUGUAAAUGCAAGGUACAAAGUUUGAUCGAGGCUUUUUGGACAAUCUACUUUUUAUGUUAUAAUACUUCCCCUCUCAUUGAAAACUCGGGAGUUGCUAAUUGGAUGCAGACAAUCAUUCCAAACCUAUUUUGUAUAACAAAGCAUAAAUAAAAGGACAGCAGUUGGGAAAACAGCACAUUGAUGUGGACUUUCACAUGGCGAGUUUAUUUACACUGCAGCAAAUGUUUUGCUAAAUGAUCUGUCAUCCAGUUAUA